GUCUCAUCUCUCGGCCUCCGAACCUCCGCGCACCUGUGCACUGCCACCCAGUUCAGCUCAAACCGCCCCUCUCGGUCCCGAACAUGCAGGCGCACACGACAAACGCGACACAGGCCAAGGAUCGCCACUACAUGCAGCUCUCCAACUCGCUCGCCCGCCUUUCGCAGGCAGUCGGCCACACCGCCGAUCUGUGUGAGCUGCUCAAGUCCAACCUGGACGCGAUGCGCACGCUCGCAUCUUCUCAUGCAGCGCAGUACGUAUCAUGUAUCGUGGAGCUUGAUACGAGCUGUUCGUUGGGCCAUGUGAGAUCACUGACGAUGUACCACAGGUUCAUGACUGUCGCGGCAGAACUGAACGCAGAGGACGCUGCUUCAGAGAAGUCAACCUGAACGGCGAGGUGCGUUCUCAUCCAUCCUUUCGCGCGGAUCUGUCUCAUCGGGUAUUCAGUACACCCAAAUGCAGAGGGUGUCUACCUGUCGCCCCAGUGCAGACACGCACGAACAUACGUUCUUCGAACACGCGGGACGCCCAAUACGUAGCUGGCGAGCCCGGAUAUGUCAACCAUGGGUUCUUGUGAGGCACGCGUGUACCGCCCUUCAACGGAAGUCCUCCUCCCCGCCACCCAGAGUUGCUAGCAGGUUCGCUUGUCCGCGCAGGACCCAAGCGGCGCUGCAGCAGCGGCGCAGUGCAUCAAUUGAUUGGCCCCAAUGUAGCUCUCAUAUGCAGCAGUACGCAUACUAGGAUGGCGUUGCCGUCAUAGAGAGUAACAAUUUGACACUGCAAGGAGCUUGUGCGCUUCUGCAAAGUUCCGUUCGUAA